UUUUGAUAUAGUCUCCGUUAAAAAAAAACUAAAAUUUUAAUUCUCUAAACAGUAAAUAUUUUAUCAAAUUAUUAUGAACAUCCUGUAGCAAUACUCACCAUCCAUUUUUAUAACUACACCUGUAUUUCCAACUCAACACAGAACAAAAAAUGGAUUCAAACAAUUCGGAGAAGAAGAAUGAAUUAAUAUCUAAGAUCGUAGUAGCAAAUCUUAUAAAAAACUACGAAGAGAUGGCGAAAGCAGUUCAUGAUUUGAUCCAGUCCUACCCGCAACUUAACGAAGAAGAAUUAAACUGGUUGUCCGUUGCAUACAAGCAUUGUGUCCAUUCACGGAUUAGUUCCUGGCAUGUUGUCAAAAGUGCCUUGGACAAAGAAAAGGCCGUUAAUAACAUUCUAAAUGUUUACAAAGCAGAGAAUUUGCUUAAAGAUAUUGAAACAGAGAUACGCACAUAUUGCACCGAUAUUCUAGAUAUGUUAGAAGAUAAGAUAAUGAUGGCUGUCACAGAUGAUAGCAUAAUGGUUUCGUGUUGGAAACUAAAGGGCGAUCAUAGACGCUUUCAAUCAGAAAUAGAAACUGGUGAGAGAAAAAGUAACAUGAUUAUGCAAAGUGAAAACGCUUAUGAAGAAGGCUAUAGAUUAGCAACCAGCAAGUUAGAAGUUAAUAGUCCAGUAUUUUUAGCUUUGGUCCUCAACUAUUCACUUUUCUUACACGAGACGGUGAAAAACAAAAAAAAGGCUAUGCAAAUAGCUAUGACGGCUCGUGAGUCUAUUGACCUUGUGAAGAACACCCAGCCUAACAUUGAAUCGGCUUACAUACUUGAACGACUCAAUGACAAUAUGAGACAAUGGGAUCAAAACUAUUUAACUAACAGACCAAGUUAUAUAAAUCCUUUUCACGGACUUUUUUGAGUACUAAGCGCUACUAAAUAAUAAUUUGAUAAAGUAUUUACGAAAUAGAGAUAAACAA